AUGUCAAAUAAAAUUUUAAUUAUUUAUUAAUAUAAUUAAGAAUUAAAAUAAACUACAACUGAAAAGCCCGCGAGAGCCUUCAAAAAUUUUCUCCCUGCUCUGAUGUCAUCUUGGCAAACUCAAACCAGCGUCACCGCUCUAUCAUCGACCUUAAAACGGCGUCGUUUAUCUGGUGCUCGUUCACUCGAUUCUUACCGUUUAUUACGGACCGUAGCCACUCUCAAGGUUCCCGGUGUGCCUCUGGGAUUCCGGGCCAUAUCAACUGAGCCGUUAGAAUCCAGAAAAAACGCUAAUUCAAUUCUCAGCGAUACCGACGAUGUUGUUCCGAGGUUAAAAAAUGAAAACGACGACGACGACGAAGAAGAAAAGCCGGGAAUUUAUAGAAUUCAAGUGUCUAGACAGAAAUACAUACCGGUUUCCAAGGCGGAGCUCUUGGAUGCUGUUGUUUCGAGACUAUUCGAUUCUCGAGAAGAGGAUGCUCGUCAAUUUCGCCUCCUCGCAUCAUGUUUGGAUUCUAUCCUUCAUGCCGAACACAAAGACAUUUUGGAGCAAAUGCGAUCUGAUUAUUACUAUCUUCAUUCCAUAGAGAGUAAUAGCGAGCAAGUGUCCGUUUCAGAAUCGGAAGUUGUAGCUAACGGUGAAAGCUCGAAUUUCACCGGGGAUAGCAUCGAAUCUGAUACGUUGUUCAAUUACGGUCUGGACUUGAGGAAUUUUCUAAAUUCUUCAGCUAAAAAUGUCAGGAGAAUUUCCGAGAAUCAGCCCAGAGUUGCAGUGGCUACUCGUUUCCAAAGAUCUUUUAUGCAACUUCUUAAUGACGCUCAGUUUGAAGAACUAUCAGUUAGGGAUUUGAUGUUGACAAAUGCCUUGAACACCGACUAUCUCCUUACUUUGCCGAUAUAUGUGGACUGGAAGAAAGCAUCCGAAUCCAAUGCGAUAAUAUUCCGGCGGGGAUAUGCAACUGAGAGGCAGAAGGGUCUAAUGAUUGUUGAAAAGCUGGAUUAUUUGCAAUCCAGACUCCUGCGAGGAAUUUUCUCCUUUAUAUCAAAACCAUUGGGGAAAGUUGGCAAAUGGAUUACUUAUAACCUCAAUGAGGCUUUCAAAGAUUCUGAUCAGAAAGACGAAGCAGGAGACUGGGUUAGGAGAUUGAAGCUUUGGCUUGAGGAGAUGUCUCUCUUUCAACAGUCAUAUCUUAAUGAUGAAAAAAAUUCUGAAAACCCCCUAGGGGUUGACCAACUAUCAGAUCGCGAUCUUCCAAUCUGGUUGGCAGCACAGAGAGCAGUUAGUCGCUAUGAAGGAUUUCUGUCAGCCACUGGACCCCGUGGCAGGCUUUUAAGGAAGUUGCUUGCAAGAGUUGGGUUUAUAGCUCCUACACCAGAAACACCAUUUCAGCUUGACAGUGAUGGUAGUUUUUCUGAACCUUAUUUGAGGCCAACAUUUUUAUCGAGGAUCUCCCUCAGUGAUAUUUGGAGACCGGCCACAAGGAAAUAUUGUGGUAAUGAUGUUUGGAAAAUGUUGAAAACUUCUGUUUCCAUUCUCCUUUCACAAUCAAUCCUCCAGGAGCCAGCAUUUGGAGAGCUGAUUUUGCUUUAUACAAAGGAUUUUGCUGACGGAGAUAUUGAAGAUAACUUUGAGGCUCAAGUACUACAGUUAAAGAUCUAUGAGAGAAUUCCUAUUCCGGAUUUACCAGUUGUUUUUCCUCACAAAAAACUGUCUUUUCGUAUUAUAGACACGGUACGAUUAGAUAUAGCCACAAUAUUGGGGCUUUCAGCAUUCUUGAUAAACUACAAAUUCGAGGACAUUUUAGCUUCCCCAUCAGCAAUAUUUCUUGACGCUGUUGCAAUCAUUGCUCUAAUAAUAUAUGUGUCACGUGUGGCCUUGGGUUAUAAACAGACGUGGGAUAGGUAUCAGUUAUUGGUUAACAAGACCCUUUAUGAGAAAACCUUGGCAAGUGGCUUUGGCUCAGUUCAUUUUCUUUUGGAUGCUUCCGAACAGCAGCAGUACAAGGAAGCCAUUUUAACCUAUGCUAUCCUGCUUAACACGGAGAAUGGCCAGGCGAAUUGUUACCAACAAGUUGGAGACAGAUGUGAGAGAUUCAUAUAUGACAUCUUUAAACAGAAGGUUGAAAUGCCAGUCAACAAGGCGGUGAGUACAUUGGUAAGGUUGGGCUUAGUUACAGAAACAAUUGUAGAUGGAAGACUCAAGCUUCAGGCUAUUCCUUGCCCCAAGGCAUAUGAGGCUCUUAAAUAUCGUUGGGAGAGUUUGCUUGGUUAACAUUUGUAUACAUUUCCCUGUAACCAGAUGAUGAGAAAUUAUAA